AUGGAGAAGGAAGACUUGUACGCUGUUAUGGACUUGAACAACGAAUGUACACAAGGAGAUCUCAGACUUUCUUACAAGAAUCUUGUUAUGAAAUGGCAUCCAGAUCGGUUUCGUGAAGAAAUUGAGAAAGACGAAGCCAAUAUGAAGUUUCAAUCCAUUCAACGAGCCUAUUCCGUUUUGUCGAAUUCGAACAAGAGGCUGUUGUAUGACGUCGGUGUGUAUGAUAGUGAUGACGACGAAACUGGAAUGGCUGAUUUCAUAAGUGAGAUGGUGACUCUGAUGGCUCAAACUCAAUCUACGGGGGACGAAACAUUAGAAGAAUUUGAAGAGUUAUUCGAAGCAUUGUUGAAUGAUGAUGUUAAGCAAUUCCAAACUCGUCCAUCUUCGUCUUCGUGUGCGCCAUUUAAUAGCACUUCUACUUCAAUCCAUAGUCCGAACAAAAGUAGCGUUGACAACUAUUGCUGUUCAAGUUCUAGUGAGGUAGGUGGUCCAUCGACGAGAUUCCGGGCUGGCAAUAGAAGAUCUAAGAAGUAG